AUGUUAGUCCAACUGUUGAUGUCUUCUCAUACUGUUUACCAUGAGGGAUAUACGUAUGCAUCGUGUAUUCCCAUCAUCGGUAUUGGAGGAAUUGGUAAGACCACUCUUGCUCAAUUAGCAUACAAUGAUAAGGUGGUUAUUCAACACUUUGAUGUUAGGAUGUGGAUUUUUGUCUCUUCUGAUUUCAAUGUCAAGAAGAUCAUGAAGACAAUUAUUGCGUCUAUAACGAAUGAUGAAUGCAAGUUGUCGGAGAUUGAACUACUUCAGUCUCGGAUUUGGCAAUUGAUGCAGAACAAAAGAUAUCUGAUCGUUUUGGAUGAUGUUUGGACUGAAGACCAGGAUGAUUGGGACAAACUAAGACCCUUGUUUAGAGAGGGUGUUGAUGGAUGCAAAAUCAUUGUCACUACCCGCAGUAAAAAGAUCCCAUUCAUGAUGGACUUCCCAAAUUCCCCAAUGUAUUUGAGUGGUUUGACGGAUGAUGACUGUUGGGCUUUGUUCAAGCAACGCGCUUUUGGACGAGGAGAAGAAGAGAAUUAUCCGAACCUUUCGCUGAUUGGGAAACAGAUUGUCAGAAAAUGUGGAGGUGUGCCAUUAGCAGCAAAAAGUUUGGGAAGUUCAAUGCGCUUGAAAAGAGACGAAAAGCAAUGGCUGUCUAUGCGAGAUUGCGAACUUUGGAAAUUAGAUGAAAAACAGCAUAAAGUUUUGCCUGCCCUUAUGCUGAGCUAUCAUCAUCUACCAUCACAUCUUAGAGAAUGCUUUUCGUUUUGCUCAAUUUUUCCAAAAAAUUAUGAAUUCAAGAAGGAGAAAUUAAUUCAUAUGUGGAUGGCAUCAGGCUUAAUUCUACAAGAUGGGAGCCGGCGGCCAGAGGACAUUGCUGAUGAAUACUUUGCCAGUUUGUUGUGGUUGUCUUUCUUUCAAGAAGUAAAGGGUGAUGGUGGGGCCUUAGUUGGAUACAAGAUGAAUGAUGUUAUUCAUGAUCUUGCACAAUAUGUAGCAGGAAACGAAUCUUUGAUGCUUGAACAUAGUGCAGCACAGAUUCGCCAUGCAUCUGUUGUUUACAAGUACAGGGCAAUUGGAAUUCCAAAGGAGCUACUUGAAGCAAAACAUUUACGAACUCUCUUAUUGAUUGGGGAAUCCGGCUUGUUAAAUAACAGAAGUAAAAUGUUUUCAAGUUUUGGGUACUUGCGCCUACUAGACCUAAGCAGUUGUGGUGUUUUUGAUUUGCCAGAAUCAUUAGGUGGCUUGAUAUGCUUGAGGUAUCUUGACCUAUCAUACACACCUAUUUUUGAGUUACCUCACAGCACAAGGCAUCUCUGCUCUUUGCAAACUUUGAACCUAUCUGGUUGUCAGAAUCUUAUACGGUUGCCAAGCUUGGUAAAGAUGAUCAGCCUAAGACAUCUCAAUCUAAUUGGAUGUGUAAGUUUGGCUUCCAUGCCUCUUGAGAUUAGAAAAUUACAGAAACUUCAAACACUGCCAUUGUUUGUGGUUAACAGGAUUCCAAUGGCCCUUAGUGCGCUGAAACGUUUAAAUCUUUAUGGAAAGUUGAAUGUUACCCGCUUGGAGAAUGCAAGACAUGGAGUCGAUGCAGAGUCAGCUGGAUUGAAGUUGAAAGAAAAUCUUGAGUCAUUAGGGUUAUAUUGGGGACCACGUAGUGGAUUUGAAGACGGUCAAGAAUCAUUUGGGAAACCUGAAGCCCGACAUGAAGCAUUUUCUUUCGGAUAUCAGACCGUGACAGGACAACGUGACACUGUGGAAAAAAUUCUUGAAGGUCUAGAACCUCACCAAAAUCUGAAAAAGCUGAUUAUAGAUGGCUACCCAGGAAUCAGAUUUCCUCAGUGGGCUCUCCCAAAUCUUGUAGCCGUCAAUUUCACCAAUUGUACAAAUUGUGAGCAUCUUCCUGCCCUUGGGAAUCUUCUGCUACUCAAGACUCUUUCUCUGCAUAGAAUGGAUGGUGUGAAGAGAAUUGGUGUAGAGUUAUAUGGUGAUGGUACGGACGUAUGGUUUCCAUCACUCGAAGAACUAUUAAUAAGUGAUUUUCCUAACUUGGAAGAGUGGUCAAAUGCAAAUGGUGGAAGUGCAUUCUCUAGAUUGAAGAAAUUAACUGUCAAAAGGUGUCCCAAGUUAGCACAUAUGCCAUUACCUCAGUUCCUUGAGCAUUUGGAGCUACGGGACUGUAAUCCAACGAUGACGUCCAUAUCAAGUUUAAGUUUGCUUUCUGUGCUUGUUCUAGAAAAAAUUCCAAACUUGUUCUCUUUGCCAGAAGGGCUCUUUGCAUCAGCUAGUCUGUCUUCUUUAAAGAUCUUAUCGUGCCCCAAGCUUCGUUCAAUGCCUUUGGAGAUUGGAACCCUCACUGCUUUGAAAUCACUGACUAUUAGUUGGUGUGAUGAGUUGUCCUAUCUGCCACAAAGUUUGCAGAACCUCAAGAGUCUGGAGACACUGGAGAUUAGUGACUGUCAUAGUCUAAUAUCCAUGCCAAAUGGUGGAAUUGCAAGUCUAAGUUCUCUUCGAACUUUGUCUAUUGAGAACUGCAGCAAUCUGACUUUUUUGUCAUCGAGUUUGGAGCAUCUCAAAUUUCUUGAGCACUUGACAAUAAUGUAUUGUCCAAAGCUUGGUUCUUUUCCAGAGGGCGUGCAACACCUCUCUUCACUUCGAAGUUUCACUAUCUUGAACUGUCCUUGGUUUGAUACUCUACCUAUUGGAUUAAUGAAUCUUCAAACGCUGCAUUGCUUGGAAAUUAGUAGCUGCCCUAACCUAGAUGCUUUGCCAGACUGGUUGGAGAAUCUUGCUUCACUUAGAUCACUAACUAUAUCAGACUGUCCUAAUUCAAGAGUUCUGCCACCAGGCCUCAAGUAUCUCAAAGAACUCCAGCACCUCUCCAUUCAGGAAUGUCCCGAGCUAGAAGAAAGAUGUAAACAAGGCAGUGGUGAGGAUUGGUUGAAAAUAGCUCAUGUCCCACACAAGUACAUUGGCUCACCUGAUCAAGCCAUGCAGUCUGACAAAGCAAGCACAUCCAGCAGCUCUUCUUUUUGA